UCACGUUCCGGCACCGUGUUUACAGCUGUGUGUUUAGCAAACAUGUUUUCUCGGCUUAACCUGAUAUGUGCGCUUCUCUUAAUAGAGACUCUUCAAGGAACUGUCGGAGCCAGACUUCCACAGUCCCAAAAUGACAAAGGGCAAAUGUUGAAGAACGUGAGAGGAAAAAUCGAACCUCUGCAAAAGCAUUACCAUACAGCUGGCAUGGAAUUGUUUGGGAAGUCCGUUUUGGUUUCUCAUCUGCACCGGUUGAAUUCCAAGGCCUCCUGCACUUGUAAGUCUCUGCUGCUUGACAGAAUGUUAAACAUCACCGAGACGAUUUUGCAAGACAUGAGAGGGAAAGCUGAGAAUGAAGAAACGAAAAGCAGUCUAACUGAUGUAAUGACUGAGGUGAAGAUUCUCAGACACAAGUACGGCGAAGAACAGAAAGUAUGGGGGGAGCUUCAGGACAUUCACUCAAUCGAGGCAACAAAUGACACAAUCCAGAAAGGAGCACUAAAUUCCUUUCUCAGUUUGUAUGAUCUGGCCUACUGAGGAAAACCAGAGAGACAACCACCAGGACAAGAAUCAUCUCAAUUUCUCUGGCUGCAUAGUCAAUAAAUUAAGUUAUUAUUAUUUAUUAUUCCACUGGACUAAGUUAAGCAAAUAAAAUGACAAUUUUUGCAUUCA